GCCGCAGCCCUCUCCAUAUCCCCCACAAUUCCCCCUCCUUUCUUGUUUUCUUUUUUUCUUUCUUUUUCCUUUUCCCUACAAUUUGCAUUUUCAAUUUUUUGCAUUAAUCAAUCAAUCAUUCACACACGCAAGAACAGUUGUAAAAAUUAUAUAUAGUACUUAUUAAUCAACGAAAACAAGCCCUCGUUUCUUCUUCUCUUUAGAAACUUCACUGCUUUUUACCUCCUCCUCCAAGGGCUCUAUUCAGCUAAACCCUAGAGCCCUAACCCAGCCCCUUCUCUCAGGUGGUUUGAAAUGUCGACUCCAGCUAGGAAGAGGCUGAUGAGAGAUUUUAAGAGGUUGCAGCAGGACCCACCCGCUGGCAUCAGUGGUGCACCUCAAGACAAUAACAUUAUGCUCUGGAAUGCUGUGAUAUUCGGUCCUGAUGAUACACCUUGGGAUGGAGGUACGUUCAAGUUGACACUUCAGUUCACGGAAGAUUACCCAAACAAGCCCCCAACUGUGCGAUUUGUUUCUCGGAUGUUUCAUCCAAAUAUUUAUGCAGAUGGAAGUAUAUGUCUUGAUAUUCUUCAAAAUCAGUGGAGUCCAAUAUAUGAUGUUGCAGCGAUACUAACCUCAAUCCAGUCUCUACUGUGCGAUCCAAAUCCUAAUUCUCCAGCAAAUUCUGAAGCUGCACGCCUGUUUAGCGAGAAUAAGCGUGAAUACAACCGCAGAGUCAGGGAAAUUGUGGAACAGAGCUGGACUGCCGACUGAUACUGUUGUGAGGCCUGCAUUGGUACCAGGGAUGAUUUCAUCCUGUUGUUGUGGGCCUGUUUAAGUUUCAUCUGUCAAUUUAAAGACCUUUAUGCUGGCUUUCUUGAAUCAAAACUCGAUACUCCGGUCCUACUAUAUUUGUUAGGACUAUUUAUUUGGUAUGACUUGCUGUAUUUCAUCAUCUAGCUCCUGUAAAAUAGGAUUUUUCUGUUGUAAGCUGUCAAGGGAUACAUAGACAUUCUGUUCCUAUAAAUAUUGUUGUCUUGUGACAUGAUUCAAUAUGCCUUUGUGUUUUGGUUUA